ACUAACUCCCAGCGCCAUCUACUUUACCGGUGCCUGACGUACCAUAGAAAACUCCAGAAUAGUCGAGCAUGGCUGACGUAGUAAACCCAAGAACUUUCUUUGAUAUCACUAUUGGAGGAGAAAGCGCGGGAAGAAUCGUCUUUAAAUUGUACAAAGAUAAGGUUCCGAAGACCGCGGAAAAUUUUAGAGCCCUAUGUACUGGUGAAAAGGGUGUUGGAACCAAAGGAAAGCCCCUUCACUUUAAGGGGUCGAUCUUUCACAGAAUUAUCAAGAAUUUUAUGAUCCAGGGUGGUGAUUUCACUGCGGCAAAUGGUACCGGAGGAGAAAGUAUAUACGGUGAAAAAUUUGAAGAUGAAAAUUUUGAGUUGAAACAUGAAAAACCUGGCCUCCUUAGCAUGGCUAAUUCCGGUCCUGGAACAAAUGGUUCCCAAUUUUUUAUUACCACCACCGCAACACCUCACUUAGAUGGUAAACAUGUUGUUUUCGGUGAAGUAAUAAAUGGGAUUGACGUCGUUCGUGAAUUGGAAUACCAGAAGACUGAAUCGGACAAGCCAUUAAUGGAUUGUGUUAUUAGUGACUGCGGAGAAUUGGCAGAAGGAGAAGAUGAUGGUUGCGUUGUUGAAGAUGGAACUGAUGACUCAUACGCUAAUUUCCCAUCAGAUUCUCAAAUAGAUUGGAAAAAUAAGGAAGAAUGUUCAAGAGCUUUUGUAACAAUUAAAGUCGCGGGUAACACUCUGUUUAAAGGUGGAGAAUAUAAAAAGGCUUUGCGAAAAUAUCAGAAAGCUCUAAAGUAUGUUAACCAUUUUUGUGAAGAAGGUCCAGAUUUGGAUGAGGAGGAGGAGAAAAAAAUAAAGGUCGAAAAUGCCCUACCAUUACAUCUUAAUUUGGCAGCCGUAUAUUAUAAGCUUCAAGAUUAUGAAAAAACGGUCUCAGAAUGUAACGAAGCGUUGGAAUUGGAUGGAGCUAAUACAAAAGCACUAUUUCGUAGAGCUCAGGCAAAACGUUUUCAGAAUGAAUGGGAGAGUGCUCUCACAGAUCUAAACUUGGCAGCCGAAAAAGAACCAAAUGAUAAAGCUAUAAAGAACGAAAUAAUCCGAAUCAAAAAUGAUGUCGCAUCGUAUAAGAAAAAAGAAAAGAUGACGUAUGCGAAAAUGUUUUCGUCUUAG